UUUCUCUCUGCCAAAGGACGAGAAUUCCUUGCGAUCGCUUCUGUGUUCAUACAGAAGGGCUUACAAAUCAGCAAGAAAAGCUCGUUUUUCGUUCUCUAAUCGUUGUCGCAAUUAACCUGGCAUGGAUUGUUUUCAUUAAUAUUCCUUUUAAGCCCGGACUCCUUUAAACCACAAUGGUGUUUUUGAAUUCCGAAAGCAGGUCAGCUAAUAUCCAUGCGCCUCGAGAUUCACUAGAGCUCGCCUCUCUCGCCUCCUCCUCGCCCGAAUUAGACGCAAGGUCCUCCAGCUCCUCCCCCUCCGGUAUUUCGUCCUCCCGAAAGCUCUCCCUCGAAGAUGAGGAUCCUCUCUCGAAUUCUCAUGUACAUUCAAAUUUCAACUCUGGAAGGCCUAGAUCUGCCCGUUCGUAUUCGGUAUCUUCUGCGUUCGAUUUCGGGAGAACACUAUUUCCCCUGUCGCAGACGGCUGGGGGGUAUGCUCCGUUAGGCGCGCCUUCAGCGCUGGACCGUGAAAGCGGGACCGCCGAUGGUUCAUUAGAAAGGAACAAAACGUUAACCUACAUGAACGGCCUAUCCCUUGUGGUCGGGUUGAUCAUUGGCUCAGGGAUCUUUUCAUCGCCGAGUCAGGUCAAUGCCAACGCGGGGUCCCCUGGUGCGUCCCUCAUUGCAUGGGUAGUUGCAGGCCUGCUGGCAUGGACGGGGGCGGCCAGCUAUGCAGAACUAGGGGGAGCGAUUCCUUUGAAUGGUGGCUCUCAGGUAUACUUAGCAAAGAUUUUCGGAGAGUUAGCAGGCUUCCUUUUCACCUGGUGUGCUGUUCUUGUGCUGAAGCCAGGCAGCGCUGCCAUUAUUGCCAUCAUAUUUGGAGAAUACGCUGUUCGAGCUGUAGUCGGUGCCGAGGUCGAGCAGGUCAAUCCCUGGAUUAACAAAGCCGUUGCAUUUGGAGGUGUCUUGAUAGUGACCUUGCUGAACUGUAUUUCUACAAGGUUAGCCGCACGCCUCGGUGACAUAUUCAUGUUCUUCAAAUUCAUCGCCUUGCUUGGAGUCACCAUCAUUGGCGUUGUCGUGGCGAUCACGGGCCUCUCAUCAAAUGGCAGUGCAAAUGAAGAAUGGAAGUCGGGCUGGUUUAAAGAUACUAAUGUUGACAUAUCAGCCUGGGCGGUCGCUUUGUAUGCCGGCCUUUGGGCUUUCGAUGGCUGGGACAACACUAAUUACGUGACGGGCGAAUUUAAAAACCCCAAUCGUGACCUCCCGCGUGUACUUCAUACUGCUAUGCCCUUGGUCAUUCUCUGCUAUAUCCUCGCGAAUAUCUCCUACUUCCUAGUCCUACCGCAUUCGACCAUUGAGGCCAGCAACACCAUCGCUGUUCAAUUCGGCGACAAGGUGUUUGGAAAAGCAGGUGCUCUCGUGUUCGCGCUCAUUGUUUCUGCGAGCUGCUUCGGGGCGCUCAAUGCGACGAUUUUUACCAGCGGGCGGUUGGUCUAUGCGGCCGGCAAGGAAGGUUAUCUGCCUUCAAUAUUUGGCCACCUCUGGACUCGAGCAUCUUCCGCGAGCAGUCGACUGCAGCGCCGGUCAUGGGCUCGCCUAUUUAUUUCGCGCCUUUUUGGUGAGCACUUUCGAAUUGGAUACACACCCAUCAAUGCCAUGGCUCUGAACAGCGCGCUCACCUUGGUGUAUGUGAUUGUCGGUGAAUUCAAAACCUUAGUCACCUUCUACGGUGUUGCAGGCUACACGUUCUAUUUUCUCACCGUCCUAGGCCUAAUUGUGCUCAGGAUUCGAGAACCGUACCUGGAGCGACCGUACAAAACAUGGAUCUCAACUCCUAUCAUCUUUUGCUGCGUUAGUAUUUUCCUUCUCAGUCGAGCGGUCAUCGCAGAGCCCUUGCAAACCUUGAUAGUUGUGGCCUUUAUUGUUGCUGGGGUUCCAGUUUACUACUGGCGAAUCUAUCAGCGUGAUGGUCAGAUUACAUUGCCAGUGUGGAAAUUCUGGCAAGCGAGAUGAAUGUUCACGCCCGUUUCGCAUCAUUUCCCCUUAUAUUUUUCUAAUACCUGGCCUUCUUCUUCCUAUACCCUAUGGCCUUUGCCUUCUCCUUUUCUUCGUCCGGCUGUCGGGUCAUAUUCGAAGUCUGUUCAUGAAAAUCAAUGACACCAAUUUCGAUUAUGGGGUGUUGAAUGAACAGCAGAAGUCUCUUGUCGUCAAUACUACAAACCCAAUAUUCAUGAUAAUGAGAAAUUCAUAUCCAGUAUCGUGGAACAUUCGACAAUGAAGACUGGGUGGAUUGUCAUGUCAAUACUUAAUGAUUUCUGCAUAUAUAGCUUAGCAUAU